AGUGCUGCCACCGCACUAAAGAUUAAAGAGAAAGAAUUAAAGAAAAUCACAAAAACCUCGUCAGUUAUUCUCUUGUACUCUUUUGUUUGGCAUUUGUUGUGUAAAAGUAAACAAAAAGAAAAAAAAAUGAGCAACAUUCAAAAUUGCAAUCCUGAAAUCGGAGGUUUUUUGGAGAUCGAAUUUUUUAAUGAUGAACCAAUAGCUUCGACAAGUCGAGGAGAUGUCCCCACGUCCGAGGAUGAUACACAAUGGUGUGAAGCUUUUUUAAAAUUAAGCACAAUUUUCUCGGAUAUUAAUCCCGAUGUAAUAAAAAAUAUUUAUUUUCGCCAAGCAAAAAAUACUAAUUUCAAAAAUGAGGAUUUAUUAAAUUCCGUCAGCGAAGAAAUUAUAAAUAAUCAAAAAGACUGCAGUCGACUGGAGAAUUUUUUAUCAAAUGUUGAGGAUUUAAAAGUAUUUACGGAAAUCGUACCUGAGGACACAAAUGCGAAUGAAGAAUUACCAUCAAAUUCGUUUGAUGUUGAAAAAUUUUUAAUAGCAAUUCCAAAUGCAGUGGAAUUUUUUGAAAAUCCAGAAAGAACAUUUGAGUACAGUCUAAAGAUGUUUGAAUUAUUUAAAAACUAUUUUAGACAAUUAAAGCUGUCUACGAUAUCCGACGAAUAUACAAAAAAGGGAUUUAAUCCUAUCGAAACGUUUGAAACUCUAAGCAACAAGAACAUUGAAAUAAAAAUAAAACGUAAAAAAACUAAAAUAGAUGUAGAAAAUUGUCAAGAUGUAUUGAUAGAAUUUGAAUACAUCUCUAAUAGACAAGCAAUAAUUGAUUACAUCAUACAGCAAGAAGAAAACGAGAAAUAUGAUCCUCAAAAAAUGAGCGUUAAUAUUCAAGAAAAUCAAGAGGUACUAGAAUGCGAAUGCUGCUUCGAGGGAAUUAAUCCAAAAUUUGCAAUAAGUUGUGGAGAAGGACAUGUUUUUUGCCAAACAUGUACAAUUACAGGAACAGACGUUGAAUUGCAAAAAGGUUGCUAUCGCAUAAAAUGCUUUCAAGAAUGCAGCAGCGAAUUAAAUUUAAAUUCAUUGCAAAAAAUUCUAAUGCCAAAUAAAUUCAAAAUUCUUUUGGCAAAAGUACAGGAGCAAGAAAUAGCAGCGGCAAAAAUUGAAGGUUUAGAUUCAUGUCCAUUCUGUCACUAUGCUACAAUUUUACCUGAGAAUGAUAAACUUUUCACGUGCAUGAAUCUUGAUUGUGGAAAAAUAUCCUGCAGAUUGUGCAAAAAACUGGACCACUUGCCGAGAGAAUGUGAAAAAAUUGAAAGAAACAAAAAAGCACGACUGAUUGUCGAAGAAAAAAUGACGGCAGCCUUGGUUCGAACUUGUAGAAGAUGUGGUAAGGAGUCAAUUAAGGAUGGAGGGUGUAAUUUUAUAACAUGUCCUUGUGGAGAAACCUUUUGCUAUUACUGUGGAAAGUCAUCGAUAACUCAUGAUCACGUAGAUAGAAUGUGUAACGCUCACACAUCAGACGCAUCCACUGUCGCGUUUGUUGGACGAAAAGUCACAAACGCACUACUUGAAUUGGAUCCUAAUCUCCAAAUUAAUGUGGAAUCAAUUCUACCGACAAAUUAUGCUAACGUUUCAAGUGCAACUGUGCCGACCAUAGCAUUAAGGGAAUCGUCAACACUUCCGGAAUUUUAAAUUCCCUUUGUCACAUCUGAAAGCAGAAAACCACACAUCAUGGAGUAUUAUUUUUUCUUUUCAUAAAUUUUCAAUUUUUAUUUUUAUUAUUAAUAACAGUAUAUUAAUAUUUUGUUUUUAAUUUUUAAGUUAACGUAAAUACAUUACUUUUUCAUCGAUUAAAAAAUGUUCUCUUUUAGUUUUUUUAUGUGCGCCUUUUAUUAGUUAUCGGUUUUUCAUUAUUCAGUGAACUUUCAUUCCUCUUCAUAAAUUUGCCGUCGAAUAAAGUAUAUCUAUUUUCUGAAUGAUCCACAAUAUACAAAACUGUAUUAAAUUUCGAGAUAUGCUCUAAUAUUAACAAUAUUACACACUUUAGAAAUAAUUCAACAUCUUGGAAUUGUAUAGUUCACUGCUAUUUCUUUACAGUAAAUAAAAUUUAAAUUUUUUAUAAUCAA